AUGACAUGGUUCAAUUCCCAUUCAACUUUGGUAUUGUAUUGCAUAAAUGUUCGAAUAAUGUACGAAUUUGGAUCAGUUGACCGCCAGGGAAAUCCAAUCAACCCACUACUUGGACAAAAUAUUCAAUUGAAUUAUUUAUCAUGGA